UUUCUGCGCGUGUUUGCUGUUGUGAGUUUCCUGAUUGUGGUGUAGCGUUGGAACCUCAUGGCGGAGAUAAUCCAGGAACGCAUAGAAGAUCGGCUCCCGGAAUUAGAACAGUUGGAGCGCAUUGGACUGUUCAGCCAUUCGGAGAUUAAAGCUAUCAUUAAGAAAGCUUCGGAUCUAGAAUAUAGAAUACAGCGAAGAGCCCUUUUUAAGGAAGAUUUUAUCAAUUAUGUUCAAUAUGAAAUUAAUCUUUUGGAGCUGAUUCAGAGAAGAAGAACACGCAUUAGGUAUUCAUUUAAGAAGGAUGAAAUUGAGAACUCUAUCGUACGACGAGUACAAGGCGUCUUCCGACGUGCUUCAGCAAAAUGGAAAGAUGAUGUUCAACUUUGGCUGUCUUAUGUAGUCUUUUGUAAGAAAUGGGCUACCAAAGUUCAACUUAGCAAGGUAUUCUCUGCCAUGUUGGCUAUUCAUUCAAACAAGCCAGCUUUGUGGAUUAUGGCAGCCAAAUGGGAAAUGGAAGAUCGCUUAUCUUCAGAAAGUGCAAGACAGUUGUUUCUGCGAGCCCUCCGCUUUCAUCCGGAGUGUCCAAAACUUUAUCAAGAAUACUUUAGGAUGGAGCUGAUGCAUGCUGAGAAACUGAGGAAGGAAAAGCAAGAAUUUGAAAAGGCCAAGAUGGAAGUGGACAAUCUUGAUUAUGCUGAAGAAAUCCUUAGUGGUGAAUUGGCACGGAUCAUCUAUAAAAACUCUGUGAGCAUAAUUAAAGGUGCAGAAUUUCACGUGUCAUUGCUUUCAAUUGCACAGCUGUUUGACUUUGCCAAAGAAUUGCAAAAGGAAAUUUAUGAUGACCUUCAGACGCUGCACACAGAUGACCCUCUCACUUGGGAUUAUGUGGCACGGCGAGAAUUAGAGAUCCAGUCCCAGGCAGGAGAAGAACAGCCUGCAACUAAACAAGCCAGAGCAGCAGAGAUGUGCCAGAAGGAGGAGAGGUGCUGUGCUGUGUAUGAAGAGGCAGUGAAGACUCUGCCUACAGAGGCCAUGUGGAAAUGUUACAUCACCUUUUGCUCAGAGAGAUUGACUAAGAAGACAAGUAGUGAACUCCUCAGAAAGAAGAGGCUGGAAAGAACCAUGACUGCAUUUAGAAAGGCACAUGAACUCAAGCUUCUGCCUGAAUUGCAGUACAAGCAGUGGGUUGAGUUGCUGCUGCAUCAUCACUCCUUAAAGGAAGCCCUGGAAGUGGCCAUUGCGGGGACUGAAUUGUUUAGCGCCUCUGUGACGAUGUGGCAGAUGAAGCUGCAGGUGUUGAUUGAAUCAAAGAGCACUGACAUCACCACGCUGUUUGAAGAAGCCUUUGUGCACCUGAAGCCCCAGGUUUGCCUGCCAUUGUGGAUUUCUUGGGCAGAGUGGAGUGAAGGUACUAAAAGCCAAGAAGACACUGAAGCAAUCUUUAAGAAAGCGAUCCUCGUUGUUGCAGGUGCUGACUCAGUAAUCCUGAAGGAUAAAUACCUUGACUGGGCUUAUCGAAGCGGUGGCUACAAGAAGGCCAGAGCAGUGUUUAGAAGUUUACAGGAAAGACGUCCAUUUUCAGUUGAUUUUUUUAGGAAAAUGAUCCAGUUUGAAAAGGAGCAAGAAUCCACCAAGAUGAUGAAUUUAAGAGAAUAUUAUGAGAGGGCUUUACGAGAGUUUGGAUCUGUAGAUUCUGAUCUGUGGAUGGAUUACAUAAAAGAGGAAUUGAAUCACCCACUUGGUAGAGCUGAGAACUGCGGACAGAUCUAUUGGCGAGCCAUGAAGAUGUUGCAGGGAGAAGCAGUAGAGGUGUUUGUAGCUAAACAUGCUAUGCAUCAGACUGGCCAGCUGUGA